AUGUGUAUGUUUAAUGUCUCCACUGAAGCUAAGGAGGGAGUGUUGAAAAAAGAAAAGCACCAAAUUCUGGUUGACAACGAACCAGUGACUAUUUUCCUGGAACCCACCAAAAAUCCAAUAGAGAAGAAUAUGAGACCUGGAAUGUCUCAAGUGCAAACACCAUCACAAGAACGGGAGAGGUCUGGUGAGAAGCAUCCAAAUGAAGAACAUAUUCCUAAUGCUGUGGAUUCCUGUGUCCAAAAUAUCUUCCUUACCGUCACGGCUGAACUGAACUGUAACCUGUUCUCUAAAGAGCAGAGGGAGUGCAUAACCACUCUCUGCCCCAAUGUCACAAAAAUAGAGGGCUACAAUGGAAUUGAGAGAGUGCGUGGUGACUUCCAAGAUAUUGAAAAAAUACAUGGCUUCUUGAGUGAGCAACUCCUAAAAAGUGAGCGGAAACAUGAAUCAUCCCCUUUGACAACAGAGCGGGAGCCACUCCAGCAAGGCCAGAACAGUUGUGUUUCUCCCUCUGAACCAAAAACCAAGUCAGAAGGAAAAAGCAAUUGCUAUGAAGUUCCCUUGCUUCUCUUUGAGUACUUCAAAUAUACCUAUCCUGGAAAAAUGGACUCAGUAGAGAAAAGAUUUGGUAUGAAAAUAAAAAGUCGGGAGAGUUCUCCUGAUAUGGUCUCUUUAGAUUUCACCUCAAGUCAAUCAAGUGACAUCAGAUCAGCUGAAGAGUCUUUUAUCCAUGAGUUUCAGCAGAGCAUAGGAACUAUGAAGAAGGUAUGUGUUGCAUUGGCUGACAGUAAGCAGGCAAAUAAAAUCAAACAGAAACUGAGCUGCCAGUUUCAAAAGCUUUAUAUAAAGGAGAAUGGAGGAGAAUUAAUUCUUAUGGGUACCCAUGAUGAUGUUUCAGCUGCCAGACAUUUUAUUGCCUCCCAAAUUUCUGAAAGUCCUGUCGAGGCUCCUGUGAAAAUAUUGACUCUGUGUACAAGGAACAGAAUUGAGGUUGACACGGCACAGUACAAGCUUUUAGAAGCUGAAUUACUCCAGGAGAUAUCAGAGAUAGAACAAAAGUACAACACUCAAAGGAAGGUUUGGGAAGAAAGUCAGAAAACCUGCAUUGUAUUUGAAUCUAAGGACAAGGAGUUAGAUCUGUCUGUGCAUGCUUGUGCAAGUUUCACUGAUGCCUAUCAACAUGUCUCAUGUCAGCUGGUGAGAGAAGUUCUUCCAUUGAAAUCUUUGGGCAAGGAGAGGAAGGACUUAUAUGGGAGCAAGUUCAUUGGUGACUUUAGAAAUAGGCAUCCAGGUGUAUACUUUGUGCUAAAUCAAGAGUCAAUGAUCUUUAUUGGGUUGCCAAAUCAUCUUGCAAAGGCAAAGCAGUAUGUCUUAGGAACAGGGCGAAUGUCCCUGUUAGCUGGACAGAAACGGAAUGAGGAUCAUGAAACACCGAUGGACAUUGAUGGGAAUGAUUCAGAAACAGCUUCACCAACAUCCCAGCACUCUGCCAGUUCUCAGGCGUCGGGAGUGGACAAGGAAGAGGACAUAUGUGCCAUCUGUAUGGAGCCCAUUAGAAACAAGCUAGUACUAUCAAAGUGCAAGCAUGGAUUCUGCUUCCCCUGUAUCAACAAAGCCAUGAUGUAUAAGCCAGUCUGUCCUGUGUGCCAGACUUUGUAUGGUGUCCAGAAAGGGAAUCAGCCAGAGGGAACCAUGACUUUCAAGGUCCAAAAAUAUGCACUUCCAGGUUAUGAAUCCUGUGGCUCCAUUGUGAUUAAUUAUUUGAUGAAAGGAGGCAUACAAACAGAAGAGCACCCAAACCCAGGAACUCCAUAUUCUUCAACACAGCGAACUGCAUACUUGCCUGAUAAUAAGGAAGGACGGGAAGUUUUGGAACUGCUCCAGAAAGCCUUUAAACAAAAGCUAAUUUUCACAGUGGGGGAGUCUCGAGUUACAGGACUCCCAAGUGCCAUUACAUGGAAUGAUAUCCACCAUAAAACGUCCAUGACUGGGGGACCGGAAAGCUAUGGCUACCCUGAUCCUCAUUACCUGAAACGCGUCAAACGGGAGCUGAAAAAUAAAGGAAUUGAGUAA